UUUCGCCACCACCUUAAUUAUAGACUCGCAUGUUGUGCUUUUCUUAUUUUGUUUUUUUUUUUUUGUGAGAAGUUCUUAGACGUACAUUGGAAAUUUCAUUUAUAAUUCUCCUCUUAACGUUAGAUUUGUAAAGCAUUAGAGAGACUUCAGAUCGAAGAGCAACAUGCAGAUGCCAAGCAGGAUCUACGUCGAGGAUCAUGGCGACGGUGAUCCUGUCGACCUCGAGUCCCAAGAAGAAGCCUGCACCAACAUUAGAAGAUCGGAGCAGCACGGGGCUGAUCUUUCGACCCCGGAAAUCAAGAUCAGAUGUGUCGGCUCAUCGAGUACUUCUUCUACUCACGGUGUGAUCGUGAGCACUGCCAACACAGGAGAAGCGGAUAGAGAAGUUAAAGGAAGCGUCGAAAUUUCUCCCACACCACCUGAUCAUGAUUGCUGGGAAGACGUAAAUUUGGAAGAAGAGAAUAACAACGAUACGGCCAGUGAUUCAACACUCAAUCAAGAGGCUGUGCAUACUGCAGAUUUCAAGACGGGAAUCGAUGAACAAGACCAACGCAUACAUACAGCCAACUCACUCUCCCUAACAGAGGCUAGUCCUGGGCGCGGUUUCAUAAAAAUUCUUAUAGGAAAUCUCAAUGAUAUCUCCAUUAUCAUUCAACUCAUCAUGGGGGCAGUACUGGCUUUUGUCUUUGGUGGUAUUUUUCGCCUAGAGGGUGCUUUGGAGACCGGGGUCAUCAUCAUUGAUUCCGUUAUUUUUUUACUUGUGCUUCUUCCAUCGAUAGCUGAAUUCUUUUCUGAAAAGAUCAUAAUGAUUUCAGCACAGGAAAAGCCACUGGGCAUGCAACGAGCAAAAGCUUAUGCCAGCAGAGAGCAGGGAGUCAGACAGGAAGUAGAGAUCAAUGAUAUCGUCGUGGGUGACAAAAUAUUCCUCAAGAAGGGGUAUCCAGUCCCUGCAGAUGGUAUAUUGGUGUCUGGUGAAUUCCUAAAACUAGAUGAUGGUUCUAGCAUAGAUGAUCAGAAUCCAUUUCUCUUCUAUGGUGCAAAGGUUAUUGAUGGAGAAGGUCUCAUGAAGGUUACAUCUGUGGGCAUGGACAUGAGAUUGGGUCAUUUGAUGAGCCAGGUAACCCAUUUCCCUGACAAGAUCCCCGGUGCAACCGCUCUUUACAGGGUGAAUACCAUAUCCCAAAUAAUGGGGUUGGUAUUCACUUUUCUCAUCGCAACAGUACUUCUUAUCCGUUUUAAGCUUGGAGAUGAAGAUGUGAAAUCUAACAUCCCAGGGCUCAAGGCGAAAACAACUAUGUUAAACGAAGUUAUCAACAAGAUUUCCAUGAAUACCAAUGGCACUAUAUGGAUCUUUGCUGCGUCACUAGCUGGAAUAAAGGGAGGAAUGCCUUGGGUAAUCAGAUGCGCCAUUGCAUGGGGGAUGAACAGGAUGUUAUCUCACAAGGCCAAUGCUAAGAGACCUUCAGCAUGUCUUACCAUGGGUUCAGUCUCUACCGUCUGCAUUAACACCAGUACUGGUCUAGAUGUUGCAGCUGACGACGACAUGAAAUGUAUAAGAAAAGCUAUAGGAUGUUUCAAAACUGCUGGUAUUAACGUCAUAUUGUUUUCUGAAGAUACCAUAUCGGUGUCCGCCGACAUAGCUCACAUGAAUUGUGGACUGCUUCCCAACUCGAAUGGAUUGGUGCUUGAAGGUAAAGAGUUUCGAAAUUCCAACGAUGAAGAGAGGAUGAGUAAAGUCGAUAGCAUCAACCGCAUGGAAAGCUGUUCAGCUUCUGACGUGCUCCUUCUGGUGCAGUGUUUAAAGAAAAAGGGACACGUGGUGGCAAUGGUUGGGAGCAGAACAAAUGACGUUCCAGCAUUAAAAGAAGCAGAUGUUGGGAUUGUAAUGGAGACCAAUAGCAGUGAAAAGGCCAGAGAAAGUGCUGACAUCAUCAUCGGAGAUUCCGAUUUCUUUUUAAUGGUCGCAGACUUUGUAAAGUUGGGAAGGAGUAUAUAUGAAGGCACUCAGAAGUAUGUCCUAUUUUUGCUCCCCAUGAGUAUUGUAGGGCCGUUGGUGACUACCAUCACAGUCUGUUCUUCUGGGUAUUUUCCAAUUUCGAUAAUCGAACAGCUAUUGGCAAACUUUUUUGUGAGUUUUCUAAGUGCCCUUGCAUUGCUAACUGAGCCACCAACAGAAGAACUGAUGAAAAAGUGCCCGAGGAUACAUACAGCAGCAUUUUUCAACAAGGCAAUGUGGAGAAAUCUUGUCUUCCAAGUUAUUUACCAGACAACCAUCUUAGUUAUCUUCCAAUUCAAAGGCCAAGCCAUCCUGAACAUCAGCCAGAAGGUUAGUAAUACCAUUAUCUUCAAUAGCUUUGUAAUUUGCCAAGUAUUUAACCUAUUCAAUGCAAGGGAGAUGGAGAAGAAAAAUGUGUUCAGGGGUGUUAUUCGUAACGGAUGGUUUUGGGUGGCUGUGACUGGUAUUCUGGCAGUCCAGGUGACUAUUGUGGGGAUUGAAACUCGCUUCGUUAGCAACCCAAUAUGGAAUUUGGUGCCGUGGCUCGUCCCUAUUCUAAUUGGAAUGGGGUCGUUGGUUAUUGAUUCGGCUUCAAAGUUUAUAUUGGGUUCACAUGGACUGAUCGACCAUACCAUCUGCCUCGCAUAUAUAAGGAAGGAUAAGAUCACUGAGCUUCCAAUCUAGUUUUUUUUUUCAAUAUGCAUGUCACUUUACUUUAAGAGGUUGUACUGUUUGUUAGUUUUUAAUUACGUACGUUGGUACUUUAUCAGAUUUUAAACCAUAGUAGUGAAGCAAACUCAAAUGGUUUAUCUGAAUAUUUCUCUCUAAUUUUUAGCUUAU